AUGCUCACGUAUUACCUAGUUGAAUGGUAUUUGACCACUGAAACAUACUUCCGUAUCCUCUCAGUGAACUACAUGCUGAGAGAUAUUAUUCAAUCGACGAUUCUAACUUUUCAGGUGCAUCAUGGAAUGGUGUUGCUCAGUGAUGGCAAAGGACGUGGACGUCCAGCCAGGCUCGAGCUCACGAAAGAUUUACUCACAAUACAAAUAACAGCCGGGGGAUCUGAUGGUGAAGAUGUGAAACUAUCAAGCGUGGAGCCGCCAGAUGGUGGAAUGAGAAUUGUCCGACUUCGAAAACGUAAAGAAGGUGGUCUUGGACUGUCAAUUAAGGGUGGCAACGAUGGCAAUCAGCAAUUACCAGUCCUCAUUUCGAAAAUAUUUCCGAACAUGCCAGCUGAGCAAAGUGGUUUACUGUAUGUCGGUGAUGCGAUAGUUGAGGUGAACGGUCAAUUGGUGGAUGGCAAAACGCAUGAUGAAGUUGUUCAGUUACUGCGAGAUGCUGGAGAUGAUGUCUCGUUGAGUGUCAGACAUUACACUCAGAUUGCUCCGUAUCUCAAGUUCGUCUUUAUCUCCGACAAUUUCACCAAUUCUGUGGCCGUAUGA